GGAACCGGAAGUGUUUCCUUUAUCUCGCUUAUAAAGCGACAGAGAGCAAAAUAAUCUCUGCGAAAUCUUCGUGUAUUCAAUCGGAGCGUCCUAGGAUUCGUGGUUACAGCCCCGUACAUAGGCCGUCAAAACACCCGAAAGAGGAGUUUAUUUGACUGACGGCGACAGCUGCGUGUUGCUGGCUGUUGUAAUGGCUGCCAACCCACCAGGCUUCCCGAACAAGGCCCGCGUGGCGAUCUUGGCCGAGUUGGACAAGGAGAAGAGGCGGUUGCUGCAGAGCCAGUCCAUGAACAACCCCGGAGCUAACAUCCCGCUGUCCUCCCGGAGCAGCCUGAAGGAGGUGAGGGACAGCGCGGAGCAGCAGCACAUCGCCGCCCAACAGAAAGCCGCUCUGCAGCACGCUCAUGUCCACUCCUCCGGCUUCUUCAUCACCCAGGACUCCUCGUUUGGGAACCUCAUCCUCCCGGUUCUGCCCCGGCUGGAGCCUGACUUUUAACCCCGGCUGAACCCGGAGGCCGUGGUCCGUCCAAGUGAACUCACGACGCAGGACCCAGAUCCGUUCCCCACUGAGAACAUUUAGGAACUUCCACAGAAAGGAAAUAAAAACAGCUGGUCAUUAAUGUGGAGACCUUAAGACAUUGAACUACAUCAGUGUUAGUUUCUCUUCCCCUGAAUUAACUGUAACUGCAUCAAAUAAAUGUCUAAAGACAUUUUGAACACGUUUUAUCCCAAACAGAAUAACUUGUAACACCAAUAGAAAAUAUAUAUUUUUACGCUUA